GCCACAAAUCAAGCUUGUGGCUCUCGACCACCCUCCCCUUGCCUACGUGCCCUCCUCCUCCUCCUCCUUAAAACCAUCCCCAAUCCCGUUGGGAGCGAGCCCAACAGAUCGAUCAGAGAUAAAAUCUCAUAGCAUCGACCGUCCCUACCGCCGCAUGCUUCUUGUUCUCUGCAGCUACGAUGCGAUAGAAUAAUAGUGCUCUGAGAAGAAAAAAAAUCCAAGAACGCAAGGUAGAAGAAGCCAAGAAACUGAGUAGCUUGGUGUGGUGAGUGAUAGGACGGAGAGAUGGCGGAGUGCAGAGGAGGCGGCGGAGGAGACUGCUUGAUUAAGCUGUUCGGGAAGACCAUCCCUGUGCCGGAGGCCGGCGGCGACGUUGCUAAGGACCUUAAACAAAGUGGCAGCAGCACGACUGAACUGAAAGCACAAGAAAACAUCCUUCAGGAAUCCACAGGAUCACCUUCACAGCUGGAGGUCGCAGACACCGAAGAUUCAUCAGCAGACCAAGAACAGCAGCAGCAGGGUGAGACGGCCAACCAGAAGGAAAAGCUGAAGAAGCCUGACAAGAUCCUGCCGUGCCCCCGGUGCAACAGCAUGGACACCAAGUUCUGCUACUACAACAACUACAACAUCAACCAGCCACGCCACUUCUGCAAGAACUGCCAGAGGUACUGGACGGCUGGUGGUGCCAUGCGUAACGUGCCUGUGGGUGCAGGCCGCCGCAAGAGCAAGAGCGCAUCGGCCGCUUCCCAAUUCCUUCAGAGGGUUAGGGCUGCUCUGCCGGUCGAUCCUCUCUGUGCUUCAGUCAAGACUAAUGGCACGGUGCUCAGCUUCGGCUCCGAUAUGUCCACCUUAGAUCUCAAAGAACAAAUGAAUCACCUAAAGGAGAAACUCGUCCCAAUAACACGCAUCAAAAGAACUGAUGACCCAUCAGUUGGUUCUUGUACUGAAGGAUCUUCAAAGGGAGAAGAGUCAAAGCAAAUGGACCAAAAGGAUAAAGUUACGGCAGACAAAUCUGCAAAUGUUCUGCAGCAUCCAUUCAUGAACGGGGUAACCAUGUGGCCAUUCAGUUGUGCACCACCGCCUACCUGUUACUCCUCAGGCAUCGCAAUGCCGUUCUACCCAGCAGCUGCUGCUUACUGGGGCUGCAUGGUUCCAGGAGCCUGGAACACCCCAUGGCCGCCUCACUCCCAGUCGGAGUCUGCUUCGUCGCCUAACUCUGCUUCUCCAGCAUCCACGAUGUCAAAUUGCUUUACACCAGGAAAGCACCCUAGAGAUGGUGAUGAAGAAGAUACCAAAAGAAAUGGCAAGGUGUGGGUGCCGAAGACAAUCCGGAUUGAUGACGCAGAUGAGGUGGCAAGGAGUUCUAUCUUGUCGCUAAUUGGAAUCAGUGGUGAUAAGAAAGAUGGCAGAGGGUGUAAGCUUGCAAGUGUUUUUGAGCAGAAGGAAGAGGCAAAGAUGGCAAUCAAUGGCUUGCCAUUCUUGCGAGGGAACCCAGCUGCGCUCUCGCGGUCGCUGACCUUCCAGGAGGGAUCUUGAGCAUCAUCUUAACAUCAAUGCUACAAAAACCAUUUAGCGUGGUACAGCUGAAAUUGUACAUUAGAGGAUUGUAAACUAGGUAUGGGCAAUGGACUGUAUAACAUAGCUCAUAGCUGCAAGAGGACCUUGUAACUAUAACAGAUAUUUGUAGAUGGCUAUUUGGGUUGGGGAAGGAUAAGGAGAGGAAGUUCCCUUAUUUGUUGAUAAAUAAUAUAAUGAUUAGAAUAUUUGGUUAAA